UAUGUAGAGCGUUCGAGAAAAUCAAUACCUCCUCCCUCCUCCCAAACGCUUUGAUACACGAUAUUUCCAUUUACAUUGUUUCCAUAUUCUUACUUCACGCUCGCUUCUUUCAUUGUUCAUUGCAUUGUUUCACGCGCACUCACCACAUUCGUUCGUCCUUCGUUGGUUGCACAUUGUCUCCCUGUUGUACCCUGCGUCAGACGGGAUCAACCCAACUAAAGGAAUACUUGACUCAGGCAGAGUACUUUCAAUUGAGCAGCAGACCGAGUCCUUUGGCUUCACUGCUCAAAUUCCUUCUGCCUCACCCGGACCACAAGUGACAUCGCCCACAGAUCAUGUCACAAAGAGACCAUUACAAAAAGUUUUCACGAGAAGGAUUUCAACCUCUUAGACAUAAAACGUCCAGAGAAAUGUCCAAUCCGAACGAUAUUACGAUUGAUAUCCCCUUGACCAAAGUGACAACCGGAAACAGUCCGACCGGUGCUCGAAAAGUCGGCUACUCUCCUGCAACGGCCGAUGGAAAUACAGACAUUCCAGAAGAGAUGGACGAGAAGCAGCAGAGACGGCGCCCUCACAGCGGUCCCGGAGGUAGAAGAAGACGGUACAAAGAGCAGGGAAUUGAAAACAAGGCGAGAGAUGAUGGCAGUCUCAAUGCUGCUGGCAAACUCUACAGAAAGGUCUACAAUUCCUCGGUCAUUACCCGAUACUUCAUCUACGUCGCUCCCCUGGCAUUGGCAAUUGCACUCCCUAUUGUGAUUGGCGCCACCGUCGCUGAGAAUGCAAGCAUUGGAGGCGUCAAAAUCGUCUGGUUCUUCACUUGGAUCGAGGUUGUUUGGGUAUCUUUGUGGGUGUCGAAGCUGGUGGCCAGAUUUCUACCCUAUCUCUUCCAGUUCCUCAGUGGAGUGGUCAGUUCUGGCACAAGAAAGUAUGCUCUGGUGCUUACAGCCCUGGAAAUUCCUUUGUCGUUGGUUGGCUGGGCUGUCACCUCAUUAACAACCUUCGUUCCGAUCAUGACCUUGAACCCCGACACAAGAGCUACAGGAGAUACAAGUCUGAAAUCUUGGGAGUCUGUCGUCAAGGACAUUCUCUUUGCGAGUCUCUUUUCGACCUUACUUUUACUCGGCGAGAAGUUCCUCAUUCAAUUGCUCUCGAUUAGCUACCAUCGAAAGCAGUUUGACGACCGAAUCAAAGAGUCCAAACACAAUAUUCGCCUAAUCACCCUACUUUACGAUGCUUCGCGAAAGAUGUUUCCCAUGUACUGUAAGGAGUUCAUUGAGGAAGACUAUCUGAUCAACGACAUCCUGGAUCUUGCUGACGGCAGCAAGCGAGCCAGUCUUUUGAUGGGAGGUCACAAGAGAUCCGGCUCUGCCACUCCCAUGAGACUAAUCCAAAACGCGGCCAGAGUUGGUGAUAAGAUCACGUCAGUCUUCGGCAACGUUGCCCAAGAAAUCACUGGAAAGAAAGUCUUCAACCCGACCUCCUCUCACUCAAUCGUUGUCCAAGCUCUGGAACGAAAACAUUCUGCUGAAGCACUUGCUAAGCGCAUCUGGAUGUCAUUUGUGCUUGAAGGCAAAGAAGCCUUGAGUUUGGACGACUUUGUCGAUGUGCUUGGAUCCGAUCUAGAAUUCGAGGCUCAUGAGGCAUUCGACAUUCUCGAUGUGGAUUCCAACGGAGACAUAUCUCUGGACGAAAUGAUACUUCGAAUCACUGAGUUUGGCCGCGAACGCCAGUCCAUCGCCAGUAGUAUGCACGAUGUGGACCAGGCUAUCAACGUGCUGGAUAAUCUCCUUUGCACUGUCGUCUUCAUUGGCGUCAUCUUCAUUUUCGUCGCAUGGCUGAACAAGAAUUUUACUACGACUCUUGCAACCGCCGGCACAGCACUCCUCUCGAUGUCGUUUGUCUUCUCGGUGACUGCUCAAGAAGUGCUUGGUUCUUGCAUCUUUCUCUUUGUCAAGCACCCCUUCGAUGUUGGUGACAGAGUUGAUGUUGGAGACAACAAUUAUGUGGUCGAACGGAUGUCUCUCCUCUACACUGUUUUUCGGCGAGUCAAGGAUCAAAAGCGAACCCAAGUUCCAAACAUCGUUCUAAACUCGCUUUGGAUUGACAAUGUAUCUCGCAGCAAAGCGAUGCGUGAACAGAUCAGCAUCUAUGUCAACUUCGGCACGACCUUUGAGGAUAUCGACCUGUUGAAGAAGGAAAUGACUAACUUCGUUCGAGACAAGGAUAACGCUCGUGACUUCCAGCAGGACGUCGAUAUCGAAGUGCUCGACGUGUCUGAUCAAACCAAGAUGGAACUGAGAUUGGAGAUCCGCCACAAGUCCAACUGGGCAAACGAAUCUGUACGAGCGGCGAGAAGGAACAAAUUCAUGUGUGCUCUCACCCUUGCAUUGCGCAAGAUUCCUAUCUCCGGACCUGCGGGUAAUGAUCCUGCAAUGGGAGACAAGGCCAACCCUACGUAUUCAGUGGCUAUAUCUGAUGAUAUUGCGAAGAAGAACAAGGAGGACUUCGUCCAGGAAGCAGAUAAGAAGAGAUUGGUGCCCAACAUGUCGCACAGUCGGAGCGAAAGCGGGAGCGAUGUAACGAAGACUGAAUCUGGUUCUCGCGACUAUCUGGGUUUGUCUACAGGUGUUGAUUCUGGAGAAUUGAGAGCUGUGGAGAAGCUUGUCAAACGCGACGUCGCGGUCGACCCAUCAGAGCCUCUUGACCAACACCGAGAACUUUCACUGAAUAAGCGGCGGUCGAAUGACGUCGAAGAAGUGAAGAGCAUCUUGAAACGCGAGUCGACAACUGGUCGACGCCGCGCUUCACGAAUGAACGGCUUGUCGCUGCACGAGAGUCUUGACGCACGGUACGGGGCUCGCACCAUUCCCACCAUUGCUGUGCCAUCGCCUCAGGUACCUGUUGAUGCCGUGCAGCCUAAGCCUGAUCGAGUCAGCUAUUUCGAAGACACCAACCAGGGAAUAGUUCAGCCGAGUGCAUCACAGCAAGAUUGGGCCAGUGUCGCGCCUCUCAACUACUAUCAAUCUGCUCCAGGCGCCAUGCCUUCACAGCCUUACCAUCCCACGUCACCAACGAUGGCAGGUGCCGCUGCAAGUCCUAAUCGAUACGUACCUGGCAACGCUUUCUCCCAGCAGAUGCAUUCUCCACAACAGGUGUCGCGGGCGCCCGUUCCAGGCAUGACUGAGAUGAAGAAAAACUUGCAACGAGGACAAAGCCCCGAGGAAGAAUGAAGUGAUGGGCUUUCGGGCAUGAUGCAUGUUGAAGUCUAGAAGACUAGGCUAUUGUUUUACGAAUUUGUUUUGUGCAUAGCGUGGGGGAUAAUGAGCUUAGAAUUGACGCACAUGUUGUGCGACCGGCGCUUUUUCACGGGUUACAAAAGAUAUCCUAGACAGGGAAUUGUUAGAUCAACAAGAAGAGCUUUUGUGAAAUACAGAUUCUGUCAGUGUGAAAGCUCAAUGAUAGUCAGUAUGCAAUAUGGAAAUUAAUACUCCCAAAAAACAUGGCCCUGCGUGGGGCUUUUCGAUAUGCA